GUUACAACAACUCUCUCUUGUCUUUUUAGUCCUUGCCUUCUUCUGUCCAUUGAACCAACACCACACUCUCUCCACCUUCGUCUCUUUCUCAAGUUUUGAGUUCAAAGAUUUUUCCUUUAGUCUUCUCAAAGAACAAGUCCAACUUUCUUUACCACUUGGCCUCUUCAACUCUCUCUCUCUCUCUCUCUCUCUCUCAUAUUUAAGCCUCAUUUCCCUUCGCUUCAUCUAGAGAAUUGAUUUUCAAAGCAAAACGCAUUUCCCAUCUGGGUUCUGCUCAUUUCCUCAAAAACCCAAAACCCAAAUUCCAUUCUUGGGAUUUUUGAGGUAAAGCUCCAAGCUUUAGCUGUGAACAACGAAUAACAAUGGGAGAAUUAUCCCCUUUCGGUCGAACACUAGACGACUCAAACGCCGUACAGCUCACAGGAAAGAUCAUGAUGAUCGCCGUUCUGGUUCUCUUCUUAGUAGUUGUCUUCGUCCUCUGCCUUCAUCUCUACGCCAAAUGGUACUGGUGGCGCGCCGAUGACGACACCUCCGUUAACGACCAAUCUCGCCGCCGCCGCCGCCGCUUUGUUUUCGCCCCCGGCCAGGACACAGUUGCCACCGUAAGAAAAGGGCUCGACCCUCUGGUCCUCAAGUCCCUGCCAGUGCUGGUGUUUCCUUCAGAGGACUUCAAAGAUGGCCUUGAAUGCGCAGUUUGUCUCUCUGAGCUUGUUCAGGGCGAGAAGGCCAGGCUGCUUCCGAAAUGCAGCCAUGGCUUCCAUGUUGAUUGCAUUGACAUGUGGUUUCAGUCUCACUCAACGUGUCCAAUCUGUCGUAACCCUGUUGCUCCUGAGAGCUCUGUUGAUUCUGGUGCUGCUGGUUCUUCUUCUGCAUUGGCAGAGAGUGAUAGUGUUCAAAUUCUAUCACCAGCUGAGAGUUUGGCAUCUGGGUUUUCAAUAGAGGCUCCAAAUUUCCCAACAAAUGUGUUGUUUUGGGGGAACCAGACCCAGGUGAGCUCUGGACCUGGUUCUGGUUUAGAAGAAGGCCCUUCAUCACCACCCAUGUGCCCAUCUUCUUCAUCUUCACCUUCAUCUUCAUCUGCUAUUAGUAGGCCAGAUGGGAUGUUGGUGAUUGAUAUACCAAGUCAAACCUCAUUGGCAUCACCUUCGCCUUCCCCUUCGCCUUCCGGCAAUAGGUUCGCCCCCGAUGAGGACUUGAAGUCUCCGGCUACGACGAGGUUGAGGUCACUCAAGAGGCUCUUGAGCAGAGAUAGGAGGAUAAGUCCCUGCAGUCCUAGUUCUGUUGAUGUUGAACAAGGAGGUGGGAGAGGACAGAGUUAGAAAGCAGAAAUGCUCUAGAUGCUUGCACAUAUUUGAUAAUUAUUGAUUUGAGAUAACUAUUUGGGACCAGGGAGAUUUGGGAAGGAAAUAUUUUGGCGAUGGGAAUUGGCUGUUUGAGAGGGUCUGAUAGAUGUGCAAUCUUGCAUCCCUGAGAAUUGAUUUAGGUUCUUUUGGAGAUGAACAUCAAGCAUGUCUUGUGUCAAUUUUUUAAUUUGCUCAUUGUUCUUUUAUUCUUGGAGAGAGAAUCAAAAAGUGUAGCUUGAGAUCUCUAAGCAGUCCUUCUGACCGCCUCUUAUGCAACAAAGUUGUAAUGUAUAUCUCUUACUUCAAACCAGAAUUCGAACAA